UUAAAAACACGCGUGAUAAUAACAAUUAAAAAUAACCCAGUUGUAAAAAAAAAGUCUUACCAACCCUUUAUUUUGAUGUUUGAUUGAUUGAUACAGCUGAGCUGCUGACUCGAUUCUCAGUUACAUCCCAAAUCACACUCGCCCCAAUUAAUUCCUGAUUUCAAAACCCUACCGUCGUUGAUUACUAGCCACCGCCGUACCAACCGCCGUGAACCGUUUCAUUCCAAUUAAAGCCAGUUAUUAUAUGAUUGAAGCACUACAAUGGCCUCUAAUGGCGGAAAAGACCCACUGCUAUCACGAUCACAGCAAUCUAAAUCUCAAGUUGAUUGUACCAAAAUCAGAAAAUUACGACGUUGUAGAAGUGCUCCCAUUGUGGAACCUGUCCUUCAAGAAUCCAACAUUGACCGUUUUCUUCAACGCCCAAAGUCUAUAUUUGAUCAACUCAAUCCACAUUUUAAGCGGGUAGCCCUCUACUUAGUUAUAUACUUAACCAUAAGUACCCUCUGCUUUUACUUGGUUAGAAAUCAGAUUUCCGGAGAUAAAACAUAUGGCAUACUCGAUUCUGUUUAUUUCUGUGUUGUAACAAUGACUACCGUUGGAUAUGGAGACCUUCUGCCCAAUAGCAACGCCACAAAACUACUUUCCUGUGCAUUUGUUUUUUCGGGAAUGACCCUUAUUGGGCUAAGCCUAAGCAGAGCCGCAGACUGUUUGGUGGAGAAUCAAGAAAUAUUACUAGUUAAAGCGUUACAUCUGCGUCAAAAACCUAAUUCAAUGGAAAUUCUGAAAGAAAUGGAAACUAAUAGAGUGAGAUAUAGAUGUGUAAUAUUAUCCAUUUUGCUUGUGGUUCUCAUAGCUUCCGGGACAAUCUUCUUAACUACUGUUGAGGAAAUGGAGAUUGUGGAUGCUUUCUAUUGUGUUUGUUCCACAAUCACAACUCUGGGUUACGGUGACAAAAGUUUCUCUACACCCGCGGGACGUAUUUUUGCUAUAUUUUGGAUAUUGAUGAGUACUAUAUGUUUAGCUCAGUUGCUUUUUGCUUUUGCGGAGUUUUAUACAGAGAGUAGGCAGAGGUCAUUGGUCCGGUGGGUUCUCACAAGAAAAACGACUGCCGCUGACCUGGAAGCAGCUGAUCUUGAUGAUGAUGGGGUUGUCGGGGCUGCUGAAUUUGUGAUUUAUAAGCUGAAAGAGAUGGGAAAAAUAAAUCAAGAAGAUAUAUCGCUUAUCAUGGCUGAAUUCAAAAACCUUGAUGUGGAUGAUUCAGGAACUUUGUCAAUUUCUGAUAUUUUUCUUGCUCAAUCGACAUGGAAGGACAGGUGAAGAUGAUUCUUAUUUCAUAUACUUGCGUUUUGUGAAACUUUGCAUUUGGCCCUCAACAUUGGUUGUUUUCUAAUACGUGUAGAAACUGUACAUGGAAUCAUAUUGUGUUUAUUGUUCGUUCUAGAUGUACCUUGUGGCGAUGCAAUUAAUUAACAGAAAAUCAUUCACUGUUUA